AUUACAUAAGAAAUCUAUUCUACAUUUCGUCUGUGGUAUUAAUUUAAAGUGAACUGUUUACAUUGCGAAAAAAUUAUCCUCAGAUUAAUUUAAAUUGUAAAUGUACUUUUAUGAAAUUUACAAAAAUAUAUAUUUUAAGAACAGUUAAGAACAAUUUCAUAAAGUGCAUAUAGUGAUAAAUUAGAUUAAUAUUUUUUUUAUUUAAAACGAUAUUUAAACAUCAACAAAGCAGACAUGAAAGAAGGACACAACGUGUCCAAUAUAAAAGAUGAUUAUAUUCAUGAAAAUGGAGAGGCUGUAAAUACGGUUAAUACAGAGGAAUCUCCAGCAAAGCAGAAAUUGCGUGGAUGGCUAAAUCGAAAUUUAAGAAUAAAAAUGACAGAUGGCCGUAUUUUAAUAGGUGCAUUCUUAUGUACUGAUCGUGAUGCCAAUGUGAUUUUAGGAUCAUGUUCAGAAUUUCUAUCAGAGGACCACACAGAAGCAAGAACUCUUGGUUUAGUAAUGAUACCUGGUAGACAUAUUGUAACAAUACAUCUUGAUGCUUGAGCAA